UUCCCGCUGCUUCAGCACCAGUUCCCGAUCCCUCCGGGAUGUGGUCUGCGGGACGGACCGGGUCCACCGAGCCGGACCAGUGAGGAGCCUUUGGGGGAACCGGGGAAAGGGGGCCACGACCAGUCAGGGUACCUGUUCCUGUUCCCAGUCAGGGUUCCUGUUCCUGUUCCAGUCAGGGUUCCUGUUCCUGUUCCAGUAUUCUGUGCUGUGUUCCAGGUCAUGUGGGUGAAGAGGAUUCUGCUGCUGCUCCUCAGUGUUGAAGCUGUACUGCCGUCUCAGUGCCAGCAGGGGGCGACCUUCUCCGAGGUGGUGCUGUCUCCGGCGGUGGGCGAUGGCGUCCUGCGGGCCCCCGGUGCCGCCUCCCUGCCGCAGUGUGUGGCGGUCGGCUGCGGGCUGCCGGGCUCCGAGUUGGUCUGGCUGUUCGAGGGCCGCUGCUACAUCCUGAGCUGCCAGCAGGGGGCGAGCGGGCGGCCCCGAGAGAGCCCCGGGGCCGCCGCCUUCCUGGCCUUCCUGCACAGGGCACCCCCCCAGGCGCUGGGGCUGCAGUCGCUGGGCAGAGGAGACCCCUAUGCCGGAGACCUGGAGGCCCUGGAGAACCUGGCCCCAGAGGACGGGCCGCCCCAGGACUCCUUUGACCCCGGCAUGCCGGAUGCAGAGCAUCCUAGGAGAAGCCAGGAGGAGAGGGGAGGGCCUUCUGUGGAAGGGAGAGACCAGUUCACCCAAUCGGAGACGGAGGGGGGUCCAGAGGGUCUAGAGGGUCCAAAGAGGACAGGAAGCAGCCCGGCCCAGAAUAGAGCCUCCAGCCGCCAGGGAGACGACUGGAGACCGACUACCCCUCAGGAGACCGAAGCACCACAGAUGUUUCUACCGCUGAGCGUCUCUCCUCAACAACACCGCCAGAGGCCGCCGCGCCGCACCGGCGCCACGAGGACUCGGGCCGCCGGCACGACCGCACAGCCGGGUACGCCGAGGGACGCUCCCGAUGGACUGAAGGUGCUCCAGUCAGCAGUCAGAGCUCCACCGACCGCCACCCAUCUCCCAGACAGACCUCUGACCUCUGACCCCACCACCAACCAAAGUCAUCGUACCAUCCCCCCAACCGCGGCAACUGUAGCCUCUGGCUCAGAGGUCAGGGGGUCAAACCGUGGCCCGGUGGCCGUCGUUGGUCCUGACAGGCAGUUGCUUCUCCCAAUGAGCAACUUGUUGCUCGACGGUGGCGGAAGCACCGACGACUGCGGCAUUGCCAGCUACCGCUGGGACGCCGUCAGCGGCCCUCUGGGGUUGAAGCUGGAAGGAGCGGACCAGGCUGUCGCCACAGCAUCAGGCCUCCGGGUGGGUCGCUACACCUUCAGACUGACGGUCUCUGACCAGCAGGGGGAGACAGACAGAGCUUCACUGACCGUCAGGGUCCAGGAAGCCACAAGCCUCCCCCCCGUGGCUCAUGCCAGUGGCAGCCACACCGUCUCUCUGCCCAACAGCUCUCUGGUCCUUCGGGGCGCCGUGACCGACGGAGACCAGACCGAGGUCCACUAUCUGUGGGUCAGAGACAGCCAGAGUCCUGCUGCUGGGGACGUCCUGUACGCCUCGGAGACGGCGGCCUGGCUGUACCUGGCCAACCUGGUGGAGGGGACCUACCUGUUCCAGCUCCGGGUGACGGACGCCCGGGGCCGCUGCAGCACGGCCACGGCCACCGUGGAGGUGCGGCCAGAGCCGGGCGGGGGGCAGCAGGUGGAGCUGGAGAUGCUGGUCUCCGUGUCCCAGGUGAGCGUCGCUCAGAGGGACACGCUAGUCCGGCAGCUCGCCGCCCUGAUCCACGUCCUGGACCGGGACAUCAGGGUCCGGGCGCUGCAGGGACACUCGCACCUCAGCACGGUGUUGCGGUUCUCGGUUCGGGGCCCUGCAGGUCCGAUCUCUGGCUCCCGGCUGGUGGUUCUGCUCGGGAACCAGCUGCUCCGAGAGAAGAGCGACUACCUGCUGUUCAGGGUCCUGAGAGUCGAGACCGUCUGGUGCCUGCUGCGCUGCUCGGGCCGGGGCCGCUGUGACCCGGUCACUAAGGCGUGUUCCUGUGACCCGUUCUGGACGGAGAACCUGCUCCGCAGAUACGUCGGUGACGGAGAGAGUAACUGUGAGUGGAGGGUGCUCUUCGUCAUCCUCACCAGCUUGGUGCUCAUGGUCUUCAUCCUGUCCGUCAGCUGGACCUUCAUCUGCUGCUGCCGGAGGAGGAGACAGACCAGAGUGAGGAAGAAAACCAAAUACACCAUCCUGGACAACAUGGACGACCAGGAGAGGGUGGAGCUCCGACCUAAAUUCAGUAUCAAACACCGCAGCACCGAGCACAACUCCAGCCUGAUGAUGUCAGAGUCCGAGCUGGACAGCGACCAGGACACCGUCUUCAGCCGGGACCAACCCGUCCGCAGCCGGGUCGGCGCCCACGUCGCCGCAACGGAGACGCCUUUGGCUGAGCCGGGAUCAGUUUGGGGUGUUAGCCUCAAGAGAUUUAAGGACUAAAGUACCUGGACUUCCUGUUUCUGUGAGGUCAGUCAAAUGAAGACGAGUCCAUCUGCAGGGGGACGUUCUGUCCACAGGACACGAGGACGGGCACCAACAUCGGGUCCUCAGAUGCAGACUUGUUAAACAUGUACGGUUCCAGGAUCAAUGAUCUGUGAUUGGUUCUCUGAUUGGUUCUCUGAUUGGUUCUCUUCUCACUCCCCAGAGAUCCAAACCGUUGGUGAACCUUCAGCUUCGUGUUCGUUCAUCCGCUGAUUGUGACAUAAAGACAUUCAAAUCAAA